AUGGAAGAGCUGAACGAGUGUCCUAAGGCAGUACGACGUACUGUAAAUAGGGUUCUCCACGAUAUUAUGCAUCCAGACCAGUGUGGGUUCAAACAACCCGAGGAGGUCAAGAGAAGGAAGGGGCGGCCUAAGGGGGCUAAAUCAAAGAAAAAAGCAGAGGCCAACACUCUUGCCCAUGGACAAUCCCCACAGAAAAAAGCAACUCCUAAUGUGUGGGAUUACAGGGACGAGGCACAAGGAAAGUCGACCACAGUUACUAGCGAUUCAAAUAAGAAGCGCCCCUCGUCUUCAGGUGGUCAUACAGAUGCAUCUACAGAUUAG